AGAACCAAGGCAAUAUUUUCUGCUAUGAAGUAUAACAAGCGAAUUUUGAACAGCAGCAGCUCCUCAAGGAAAAAGCAAUCAAAAAUGAAGAAGGGGCCAAGUGGUCCUUUCAUACGAGACAUAGUCCUUUUGUCAGGGCCAAAUGUAAACGUUGUCCCCCGCCAAAGCGCAAGAGUCAAUCUAAUGGAAAAUGGUCAUAUUAUUUUAGGCUUCCAGCUGAUGAAAGAAUGGAAGGGAUAUGAAGUAGAGAUGCAUGUGAGAAAUGCGUUUGGUGACAAACUAAAAGAUCACAAUAUAGAUAUUGAAAUCGUAAUGUCGGUCCACAAUACAUUGCAUCCACCCUGUCUUGCACCGAACCAAACCUUAAAUGGCUUCAUGGUGCACAAAGUGUUGAAAGAUAAACCAAUUUAUGUCAGGCUAUCAGUACAGAUAUUGGAACCAUUAAGCAACAGAAUCAACAAACCUGAACAUUUGAAUGAUCAAGAGGAGCUGUGUAUUGUGCAGGAUGACUCAAGUGAUGAUGAGUUUCUAAGAUCUGCGUUUACUAAUGAACCUCCUUGCAUAUCUUCAUAUCAACAUCCUGGAGUUGAGGAACGCAGUGAAGUGGAAGUGACUAAUAAUCCACCUGCUGUCCAAGAAACCUCUUUGCCAUCUGUUGGUACUAUUUCAGACUGUUCUCACAACAAUGGAAAUGUUCAGAACGAAGUUCAACCAGAAGAUCCAAAUUCUGUUGAUAUGUCCAAUAUUUCUGGUAUGUUUGUUAAAACAUUAUUUUGCAUCAAAAUGAGCUGUUGAAAGUUCAUCAGAAAUGCUUUUGGAAAAUGAAAAUCUGUCAACCCUUUUGGAAAGUGAAAAUCUUCCAACAAGUAACAUUGUGAUACACCAAUCAAAUCUUAAGCAUAACAUGAUUGAUGAAUUUUGUGAUGAAGAAAUUUUAAAUUCAAUAGUUACAGUUAAAGUUAUUGAUGACAGAGGGCAAAUGGAGAAAGGUGA